UGUCGUCACAGCAGGAUGACUCGUAUAUUUUGCGACAGGAUGUACAUGCACCGGCUCGCCGUCGCUGCCUCAUCUCCGCUGGCAUAAAAACAAAUGCGUCGUGGAGGCGGGAGGAGGGAAAAGAAAACAAAUUCCGUGUGUUUAUGUUAACAGCCAACUGUUUAUAAUGUGAUACAAUGCUCCAGUCUUCUGAGACUCAAACACUAGCUUUUUUUGGUGAGGAGGAAGACGUCGUAGUGUUUCAUGGGAAAACGUUGCUGACUGGAAUCCACAGCAGACAGACACCAGCAGCAGCUACAUCUCAUUCCUGGGCUCCUGUAAGAGCCACUCUUUGCUCCACAACCUGAUGAAGCUAACUUCCUCCCCUGAAGCAGCACUCACAGAGGACUCCACCUAUAACUGGGACUCCUGUGCUGGGCUCCAGUAGCCCACCCAUGCCUGUGAUCCCCAUCCCACGGCGGGUGCGCAGCUUCCAUGGCCCCCACACCACCUGCAUGCACUCGGCCUGUGGGUCGACGCACGCAUCCAAGCUGGUGCGCACGAAGUACAAUAACUUUGACCUCUACCUGCGCUCGCGCUGCAUGUACAGCUUCCUCCGUUUCCUCCUCUACUUUGGCUGCAGUCUGCUGACCUCUCUGCUCUGGGUGGCGCUCUCUGCUCUCUUCUUCCUGCAGUACGUCAGCGUGCGCGUCCUCCUGCGGCUGCAGUACAAGCUGUCUGUCAUUCUGCUUUUGUUAGGACACCGGCGCCUUGACUUUGGGGUGCUUAAUGACCUGAUCAUCUACAGCAUGCAGAUCACCAUGUUUCUGGUAGGGGGGCUCGGCUGGUGCUUCAUGGUGUUCGUGGACAUGUAGCUGCAAUGUGAGCAACGUGGGAAAUGUAGUGUGUGAUGUGGAUGCUAAACACUGUAACUUCAGAAUUGUGUGGUGCUAUGGGACAACAUAAGUCUUUAGCAUGUUCUGUAGGACUGCUCCAUAUCUCCGCUCUAGUCAAAAAGACCCUUUUGACGUCAACUCAAAGUCCUAUUUGGUUUAGUUUUAGAUAUGAUAGAAUCCAAUAAGAGUCUGUGUAACAACUGUGUCCAUAAAAAAUGAUGCAUGAGUCUGACUCGAGUCAUCAUGCAGGACUCUCAAGAGACCAAUAGGGUCCAAAUCGCUUCAAUUUCAAUUGUAUUUUAAUGCCAUUUUCAAACCGUUUCACAAAUUUUGAAAGGCAUCUUGACUAAAAACUAAUUUGUUUAUAAUAAUGGAGAAUGUGAAUGUCAAAGUCAGUGUUGCAUGGAAAAGUGACUGAUGUGCAUCAUGGCUGUGUGAUGCAAGACAGUCGUUUGUGCUAAAAUAACACAGGUUGGGCUCCAAACACAAGUCUACUCUGAUUCCUAGAUUGUGAUAAUAAGUGUUAUGUUAUAUAUA